UUUAUUUAUUUGUUUAUAUAGUUGAACUCAAGUCUCUCUCCCUUACUCGACGCAGAAAGAAAGAAAGAUGGAUCGAGAAUGGGGUUCGAAACCAGGAAGCGGAGGCGCCGCCUCGGCCCAAAACGAGGCCAUCGACCGCCGUGAGCGACUGCGGAGGCUGGCUCUCGAAACCAUCGACCUUGCCAAAGAUCCCUAUUUCAUGCGCAACCAUCUCGGAAGCUAUGAGUGUAAGCUGUGCUUGACGCUGCAUAAUAAUGAGGGCAAUUACUUGGCCCACACGCAGGGGAAACGCCAUCAGACUAAUUUGGCUAAGAGAGCUGCCCGUGAGGCCAAAGAUGCUCCCGCCCAGCCCCUUCCACAUAAGCGGACUCUUAAUCUUCGCAAGUCAGUUAAGAUUGGUCGACCUGGCUAUCGAGUGACGAAGCAGUAUGAUCCAGAAACAAAGCAAAGGUCUUUGCUAUUCCAGAUUGAAUAUCCAGAAAUCGAAGAUCUUACAAAGCCAAGACAUAGAUUCAUGUCAUCCUUUGAGCAGAGGGUCGAGUCUUUUGACAAGAGAUACCAGUAUCUUCUGUUUGCAGCUGAACCAUACGAGACUAUUGGUUUCAAGGUCCCUAGUACAGAAAUUGACAAAUCUACCCCUAAGUUUUUCAAUCAUUGGGAUCCAGAUUCCAAAAUGUUUACGUUGCAAUUGUACUUCAAGGUGAAACAACCAGAGACGAAUAAACCUCCAUCGGCUGCAGCAGCCAAUGGAACAUCAGCUCCUGGUGUCCCACCACCGCCACCACAACAAGCUCCCCCACCACCUCCGCCAGCGUCAAUGGGAAACCCACCUAGGGGGCCGCCGCCGCCGCCUCCUCCUUCAAUGGGAAAUGGACCACCGAGACCUAUGCCACCUGGGGGAAACUUUCCAGCUCCACCGCCUCCUGUUGGUGGCAUGUCAAACUUUACACCUAGGCCUCCAAUCCCGCCGCCUCCACAAGGGCAGCAGAAUCAAGGAGUUCGCUUUCCACCACCACCACCACCACCCCAGUAACUGAACUGAGUGACUUUAAGAUACUCGGGAUUUUUGUACUGCCUACUUAGGGUGACCGUGAUGUUGAUUUCUCCUUUUUAAAGAUUUUUAAUAUGAGAUGUGUUAUAGCUUAUGUGAUUUUAAAUUUGUGCAAAUUGAGUGUGUAGCAAAUGCACGUCUUGAAUUGAAUCUGUGUUUUUUUUUUC